AUUGCACAGUGGCAGCAGAGGGCUCUGGUGUUUGCAAAGCUGGAAGGAGAGGCAGCCUUCUCUUCGCGCACUCCCUGCUCUGCAAACGGAGGUGGAACAGGAUUAGAUUGAGCAACUGCUGCACCUUCAGGAAGGGAUUUGCAAGAGCCAUUUUAGUUCCAAUCUUCCUUGACGCCUGGGAGAAGAGGGGUGCCUUGCUGCUCCGGACUGAAAACACCCCUGGGUUCUGUAGCUGUCAUUUUGUAUGAAAAGAGACACAGGCAUUCUUCUCACCCUGACAUACAGCAGAAUUGAGUCUUGCUUCCUUUGGCACUACCCCAUUCAUCCAGCACCAUGGUGCUUCCCCAGGUGACUUUUGAGGAGGUGGCCGUGUAUUUCACUGAGCAGGAGUGGGCCUUGCUGGACAUGAAUGAAAGAGCCCUAUACUGGGAUGUCAUGUGGGAGAACUACAAGCACCUGACUUCACUGGGUGUCCUCCUCACCUUGACAGAUGGCAGAAUUUUAUCUCGGCUUCCUUUGGCACCAUCCCAUUCUUCCAGCACCAUGGAGCUUCCCCAGGUGACUUUUGAGGAGGUGGCCGUGUAUUUCAGUGAGCAAGAGUGGGUCUUGCUGGAUGUGAACGACAGAGCCCUAUACUGGGAUGUCAUGCGGGAGAACUACGAGCACCUGACUUCACUGGCAGGUGAUUGCUGUCAACAGAGGAGUCCCAGAUAUACAGAACCAUAUGGGAGAUUACUGAGACAUUGGCAAGAGAAGGACUUUCUAAGUCCCAGUGCCUGUAAGAAUGGUUACAAGCCAGAGAGCCAGCAGGAGAAGCAGCCAGUGGAGAGGCUGGGUGAAACUACUCAGUUAAGAGCAAGCGUCAAGGCUACUAAAUGUCCUCCAGUUAACAUGGGAGAAAGAAAGGAUUCUUGUCCCAAAUGUGGAAAAAGCUUCUGUCACAAAUCAGCACUCACUGCACAUAUGAGAAUCCACACGGGAGAGAAGCCAUAUCAAUGUCAGGUGUGUGGGAAAAGCUUCAAUCAGAGCUCAGCCCUAACUCAACAUCAGAGAAUCCACACAGGAGAGAAACCCUAUGUCUGUCUCAUCUGUGAGAAAAAAUUCAGUCAGAGUUCAGCACUUAGUCAGCAUCAGAGAAUCCACACUGGGGAGAGGGCAUAUGCAUGCCUUGAUUGUGGGAAAAGCUUCAUUUACCAGUCAGCCCUGAUACGGCACCGGAGAAUCCACACUGGAGAGAAAUGCUAUAAGUGCCCUGACUGUGGAAAAGGUUUCUACCAAAGCUCCAACCUUAUUACACAUCAGAAAAUUCAUAAUGGCAAUGGGACAGUUUGUGGAAGAGAGAAAAAAGCUCCUCAGCAGAACGUUUGCGAGCAAUUAGAACCAUGUGGAAUCCUUUGCAGGACAUUGCAACAAGUUUGUCCUCACAAUCCUCAACUGGAAAAAGAUAUUCAGAAUCAGGGAAGUUUGGAUAGUUUACAGAGAAAUCCCUCGGAGCAGGCCCAGGAUCAAGCCAUUUUGAAAACUGGAAGUUUCAUAUCUCAGAAGGACAUCACAAUAAAGACAAGAAUUGUGAGGGCUAAAAGGCCACUUACAUGUCACCACUGUGGAAAGAGCUUCAGAUACAGCUCCCAUCUGGUUGACCAUGAGAGAAUCCACACAGGAGAGAAACCUUAUAUCUGCACCGACUGUGGGAAACGUUUCAUUCAGAACUCAGCCCUCAAGAGGCACCAGAGGAGCCACAGAGGUGAAAGACCCUAUAAAUGUUCUGAUUGUGGGAAAACCUAUAUCCGGAACUCUCACCUUGCAAAACACCGAGGGAUUCACAUGGAAGAAAAACCGUACGAGUGCCUUGACUGUGGUAAAAAAUUCAGUGUUAAAAUGAACCUUGUUAUUCACCAGCGAAUUCACACAGGAGAGAAGCCAUAUAUGUGCUCAGAGUGUGGGAAAUGUUUUAGUCAGCGGGCCCACUUUAUUAUCCACCAGAGAAUCCACACAGGAGAGAAACCUUAUCAGUGCCCUGAAUGUGGGAAAAGCUUUCGCGUGAGUUCACACCUUGUAACACAUCAAAGAAUCCACAUAGGGAAGACUUCGUUCAUAUGUCCUGACUGUGGGAAAAACAUUAAUGGUAGCAAGCAGUUUAUUCAACAUAGGAGGUCCCACAACACUGAAGACAACAUCAGUGCAACAAUAACCAUUAAGAGUGACCCAUAUGCUCCUGAUGCUGUGGGUCUGAAAGGCAUUGGCUACAGCUCUGGAGCUAAUCACUGAACUCCUAGCUGUGUUGGGAUAAGGCAAAAAAAAGGAAAGCUUUAUCAGCUCUUUCUCUUAACUGCAAAUUAUAAGAUUCUUUCUAUGCUUAGAGCUGAAGUGAAGGUGGCUGGAGAGGGCAAGUGUCACUCAAAAUGUCAAAACCUUGUGCUGUAGCUGAAAGCCAAAUGUAAUGCAAAGAGUAUUGGUCUGGUUUGAUCAUGGCUACCCAGCCAUGCCAUGAUAGUUGCUGGUGACCUUGGGCCAAUAAUCGUGUUAGCCUAACCUACCUCACAGGGUUAUGAGAAUGAAGUGGAGAAUACCUUGUGUAUAUACCAUCCUGGAGAAAGGACAAGAUACAAAUACGAUAAAUAAAUUAAACAAAUAUGAUCCUGCACUAUUCCCAGACAUCAGGUGACCCCUCUCCAAUCUGCAAGUGCCAUCAAGAGAGCUGGAACCACUAACCCAGAAGGUAGUUUCCUGACUUAGACCACAUUCACACCAUACGUUUUCCCCCACUAUUAUUCCACUUUAAACAGUCCAAGUUUUCCCCAAAGAAUCCUGGGAAGGGUAGCUUGUGAAGGGUGCUGACAGUUGUUAGCAGACCCCUAUUGCUCUCAUAGAGCUACAAUUCUCAGAGUUCUCUGGGAAGAGGGACUGACCGUUAACCUAUCUGACAAUUGUAGCUGUGUGAGGGGAAUAGAGGGUCUCCUAACAACUCUCAGCAGCCUUCAUAAAUGACACUUCCUGGAAUCCUUUGGGGGAAGCCAUGACUGUUUAAAGUGGAAUAAUAGUGGAAUAAGUGAAUGAUGUGAAUGUGGCCUAGGUUGUGCUGACUGUUGUGCUCUCCCCAAGCAGGGGUGAACAACCUUUGGUCCUUAGCCUAAUUUCACGUGGGUGGGAGGAGCACUGAUGGGAGAGAAGGAGAGGGAAAAAUGAGAGGAGAAAGGUGAAAUGGAUGGAGUGAUGGGAGGAGGGGGGUGGAGCCCCCUACAGUUCACACCUCUGGCAAGAGUGAUCUGUCCAUCCACUGGAAACUGUGCUGUGUGGUGAGGUAAGGGGGGGGGAGAAGGGGGUGACAUAGAAAGAGAGGAGGGAAAAGCGAGUGCAGAGAAAUAGAAGAUGUUGGGAAAAGAGAGUGAAACGGGGUGGUCCUUCCCACGACAGGCUUUGCCUCCAUCAACUGACCCCCAAAACAUUACCCCAAGGUAAUGUGAUGUUGUACAGGGAUUGCAGGUCCCACAGGAUGCUCUUCCCACCCCACCCCAAUAUAUAAGAAGGGAGGACAGUCAGGGACAUGGAGCAGUGGCAGCAGAAACAAACCCAUGCUUUGGAAUUGCACUUGCCUUUCCCCCCAUUGCCAUGAUGCUUCAGAUGACGUAGGGAACUGCAAUGACAGCACCAGGGAUCUGUCUGGAUAAACCAACUCAGUGGCAAGCCAGAGAACCCAAACAACCUGCUGGGAAGGCAGGUGGGGAUGGGAAAAGCAGCAGGCGGAGGAGCACGUGCAGAGAGGAGGACCCAUGGAUGAGCAGAGUUCUGGUCCCCCGAUAUAGGACUAAGGGACUCACCACACAGAAGGAGAGGAGAUAAAAGAUAUGGAAUUUCCCCUGAGACAAGUAUUGACUUUUUUUUUCCUUUUUGGUUUAUCUUUACAUUUUGCGUUUGUUUUACAUUUUGUGUUGGGUCCCUGGUAUUGAAACAAUAGACCAAACCUUAUAUUUCUCAUUAGUUAGAUUCAGAAAUUAUUUUUGUUUAUUACUGGGGGGGAAAGGAGCCAGGAAACAGUGGUUAAAAAUAGUUACUCUGUGAAUUAGUUUGGUGGUAAAGUCUAGUCCGAUUCAAGAGUCCUGUUUUCUAGUAAUCUAGAAUUACAAUUUACAAUAUGAUUGUAUUUUAAUGUUUUGUUGUUCAUUUGCUGCCCAGAGAACACUGUUAAUAGGUGGCAUAUGAAUGCUGUUAAUGAAUAA